CCAGUCUGGUAAGAACAGAGCUCGUAUCGGAGCGUGAGCAGGCUGUGGCUUCUUAUCCACUCGAAGCGUAUCACUAUAGUGUUAGACCUCUCCCCGAUCGUCGAACCAGCGCUUGAAUUGAUAUGAUUCCAACUUCAUAACAAUAUAGUAACCAACAUUCGUCUGCAAUGCGUUGCAGAGAUUUUGGGGGCAUAGCGCCCCUACUACUCUUCAUAGGAGCUGUGCUAGGAGAAACUCAAAACCAAGGUUACACGCAGCGGUACGAUCCGCGCUAUCAAGAUCUACAUUAUUCGCAACAUCAUCGCCCUGAUCCGAGACAUCACCAGCAUCGUGACCCUCGACGGGACCCUCGCUACGAUCCGCAGCGAGCGACUGCACGACACGAUCCGCGCUUCGGACAGCGGUACGAUAUACGAGUUCAGGAACGGCCUACAGCGCCUACGCGUCAACCACAGACGGCACGAUAUGAUCCCCGACUUGAAGCGCGUCGUCGUAUCUACACGCCGUUUGACGAAUUAGGCGAAGAGAAAGGUAACUGGUCAGAAUGGGAAUCCGUGGCAGCCUGCUCGCGCACCUGUGGAGGAGGGGUCACGUAUAAACAUCGAACUUGUCUAGAAGAGCCGUGUGUUGGCCCUUCGCGGAUCUAUUCAUCAUGCAACAUGAACGAAUGUCCAGAGGGUGACAAAGCGCAGAACAUCUUCCUACAGCGCCAAUGUGCUCGAAUGAACAGUGUUCCGUUUGAUGGUAAAUUUUAUAGCUGGAUUCCGCGACGAAGACACGAUCGUAAUCCUUGCGAACUAAACUGUAGUCCGAAGGACCGGGAUAUGGAGCUUAAGCAUCGAAUGAAUGUCAUCGACGGAACCCGUUGCUAUCAUGCUGGCUUUGACCAAUGCGUUGAAGGACAAUGCGUUCAAACUGGAUGCGAUGGCCUUCUUGGAUCGAAGAAACGAAUCGACAAAUGUCUUGUCUGUGGAGGCCAAAACAAAAACUGUAACACCACUCAUCAUAGCGAAAUCCAGCUCUCGCUUGGGUAUGGAUACCGCCCCCUUUACGUCAUACCAGCUGGGGCCACUUCUGUCUUGAUGCGCGAAAUGGAGCCUAGUACCAACUAUCUUUCACUUCGCGAUCUUGAGGGGAACUACUUUCUGAAUAGUAAUUACGAGAUCGACUACAGUAAGGCGUUCUACGCAGGAGGAACACAAUGGCACUAUAUCCGUAAUGCGCAGUAUGAAAAUGGACGAGAACAUCUUCGCACGAACGGACCUACCAAUGAAACCCUCGUUAUAGCGUUGCUGGUCCAAGAGAUGAACAAAGGUUACCAGCUUGAAUACUCCGUUAAGUACGUCCCCGGCCAGCCACGAAAGCCUAACGGAGAGUACCAAUGGGAGUUAGGGGAUUGGGAACCUUGUUAUGACCCCUGUGGGGAAAUCAGCACAAACCGGACAGUUCGAUGUGCUAGCAUUAUCACGCGACACGAAGCGAAAACUGAGGACGAGUGCGACCUUGAUAAGAAGCCUCCCUCUACCCAGCAGUGUCCUACCGACAACUGCCAGGCGUCAUGGUAUACGGCCAAGUGGGAGCGAUGCAGCAACACUUGUGGGAAUGGCACACAAACCCGUGUAGUCUUUUGCUCGACACCUUCGGGUGGAGGAGUCCGAGUUUUACCAGAUCAUCUUUGUAAAAAAGUUGGGCAAAAGCCACCCAGUGAGCAGGAAUGCGAGUCGAAAUUAUCGUGCGAUAGCUGGGAAGCCGGUGACUGGAGCGAGCCAGAGCGUAAAUGUGGCUUAACGAAACAAGUCCGUGAAGUAAAGUGCGUUGCUCAAAUGGAAAAUUCAACGGAUGGCGUUAUGGAAGGAUUCGAUUGUCUGCAGGACGAACGGCCUGACGAAGAGCAGCAGAUUGAGCUCCAGCCUUGUGAGAGGGCUGAAUGGGCCACUGGAGAAUGGAGUUUGUGCGAUAUGUGUGGCUCAACUGUACAGACCCGAGCGGUUGAAUGCAUUCUCAAAGACGGGACGAUCUACAAUGAAACGUUCUGCGCGGGUCAACCGAAACCCGAAACGGAGCGUCCAUGCGAGAACGCUCCUAUAUGCGAGUACAGCUGGUUCUUUUCUAACUGGGGUUCGUGUUCAGUAUCUUGUGGCAACGGGAUUAAAUCACGAUCUGUCUUCUGUGGCAAAAUCGAGGUCAACGGUACAUGUCUUGAAAUGGUUGAAGAUUCGAAUUGUCUAGGUGACAAGCCUGCCGAAAAGGAAGUUUGUGAAAAUCCUCAGUGUGAAAAGUUCUGGCUUGCAGCUCCCUGGAAUAAACAGUGUCCAGAGAACGCGUGCGGCGGAUUGCCUCGAAAGCGAGCCGUCUUCUGCUACAAAGAUAAUAAAAACAAAGCAGCCGAAGGAUGCGAAAACGACGGGACGAGACCGCAGGAAACCGACGAUUGCAGCCUACAGGCUUGUUCUACAGAUCAGAUCGACACCUUGAGCAGUUGCGCUAGCACGGAACAUGGCUGUUGUCCCGACAAUGAAACGAUAUCCGGGGCCGAAUUCGACGGCUGUCCCCCAUGGAAUCGUGAAAACAUGACAACGCCAUGCGACCAGGCCGAGUGGGGCUGUUGUCGAGACUUGGUCACACCUGCUUUUGGACCUUUCGGUGCUGGAUGCUCAGUAUUUGCUUUGUGUAACGGAACGGAGUUUGGCUGCUGUCCAAACAAGGACACACGGGCUCAAGGCCCGAAUUUCGAGGGUUGCGAAGUUCCCUGCGAUCAAACUGAGUUCGGCUGUUGUGAAGAAGACGGAAAAACUAUACGCCUGGACGAAAACAAUGCAGGCUGCCCAGAGAACAUAACAGCGAACGGGACGCAGGCAGACGAAUAUCUGCAAAUGAAAGCUCCAGAUAGUGAAGAUGUUAAAAUAGGCACCGACCCCAAUAGCAUCGCCACGACCGACGACGGAUCUGGCGAGGGAUCCGGGGGUGGAUACACUGACAACUUGGAGGGGCUGGACCCCGGUUCAGGCGUAGAAAUCGACACCCCUGACGUCGCAUCUCGCUGCGAGGAAAGCGAGUACGGCUGUUGUCCUGAUGGCAUCACAUCAGCCAAAGACGCCGAAAAGCGUAAAGGAUGUCCGCACUGUCGAAUCUCGAAGUACGGCUGUUGCCCUGACAGAAUCACAGCUGCAGCUGGUCGGAAGUUCAAAGGCUGUAUUGAUGUUUGCACCAAUUCUACGUUUGGCUGCUGCCCGGAUGGCUUCUUUCCAGCUCAAGGUCCCAAUCUCGAUGGCUGUGAACUGCGUGAUUGCAAGACUAGCAAGUUCGGCUGCUGUCCCACUCUCCAAAUACCGGCAACCGAUUUCGGAGGAGAAGGAUGCAAAAACUGCACGGAGUCUGCGUACGGUUGUUGUAAUAACGGCGAGGACUUCGCCUUGGGUCCGUUAAAGGAAGGGUGUUGCAGCGAUCACCAGUUUGGUUGUUGUCCGGACAAUAGGACCAUAGCCCUUGGUCCUGACUGGGCUGGUUGUCCUUGUCAAUUACUCGAACACGGAUGUUGCCCAGAUAACGUUACUCCCGCACUUGGCCCGGAUCAAUUCGGUUGUACAUGUGAAACAAGUGAGUUCGGUUGCUGUUCUGAUUCAUUGACCCCUGCUCUGGGUCCCUCUCAAGCCAAUUGUACGUGUGACCGUACGGCAUUUGGGUGUUGCCCAGAUGGAGUGACACCUGCCAACGGACCCGACAGUCACUACAGCUGCGAUUGCAGAACCUCUCAAUUUGGUUGUUGCCCAGACAGCCGAACACCUGCGACAGGUCCUUCAGGCAGAGGUUGCUACUGCGCAACGAUGAAGUACGGAUGCUGUCAAGAUCAGCGCACGCCAGCGGCUGGACCGAACCAACUCGGCUGUCCAUGCUCUGCUACUAUUUACGGAUGUUGCGCUGACGGAGUCACCCGAGCCACUGGACUGCGCCAAGAAGGUUGCGAAGACUGUACAAAGUUGAAAUUCGGAUGUUGCCCCGAUGGCGUGCAUGCGGCACGUGGGCCAAACCUUGAAGGCUGCCCAUGCGAUUCGACCGAGUUUGGGUGCUGUCCUGAUCGCCGUACCGCCGCUAAAGGAGUGAAUGAUGAGGGCUGCCCGGAGGUGCCCUGCCAGCAGACCGAGUUCGGAUGUUGUCCUGAUGGCACCGCCGCUAAGGGUCGAUACUAUGAAGGUUGCAACAUAGAUGAAGGGACGCGAGCGAGGUACGAAGCAUAUCUGCGCAGCCAACACCAAGGACACCACCAGCAGCCACAACUAGCGCAGGCUACUAAACCUCCAAUGGUCCCGUACGAACCACGUCGUAUCAGAGAGGCCUGUUUUCAGGCCAACGAUCGGGGACAAUGUGGUAACUGGACGCUAGUGUGGUAUUACGAUUACAAAGAAAGUCGCUGCUCUCAGUUCUACUACGGUAGCUGCGGAGGCAACGACAAUCGUUUCCCCGAUGAAGCAUCGUGUAAGGCGUUAUGUGACGAGGGCUAUGCCGAAGGCCGGAUCCAAACACCUGGCCCUCCUGUGAUUGAUAACGAAGUGAUGCCUAACCAAUCAUCGCACGGAUCGCGCAACCCCUGUACACUUCCCAAACACGUGGGCCCCUGCAAGCAGCAUCAAGAGCGCUACUGGUAUAACGAACAAACGAACCAAUGCGAACGCUUCACAUUCGGCGGAUGUCAAGCUAAUGCUAAUAACUUCCCGACGCACAAAGCCUGCUCAAAUCAAUGCCGUGUUUUGUCUGACUCCGAGAAAUGCACCCUUCCGAUGUCGACAUCGAAGAACUGCACAAACUCACAACCGCUAUUCCGAUACGAUUACAAAGCACAGCGCUGCGAGCACUAUAAAGGCUGCACGGAGGACGUGAACGUUUUUAAAGAUUACGACGACUGUGUUAGCACUUGUACCCACCGAGCGCUGAAUCCCCAGCUCGCUCAAGACGUCUGCUCGCUGCCUUCCGACACUGGGCCAUGUGUUGAUUUCGUUGUACAAUGGUACUACGAUAAGAAGUCGCAACGUUGCGCUCAGUUUUACUAUGGAGACUGUGAGGGUAACGCUAACCGAUUCCCUAACGAAAUGCAAUGUCAGUAUUUCUGUGGCGGUCGACCUGCUUAUUCACCCCCCCAGCCUCCACCAGCACAUCGGCCUCCAGUACUCACAUCUGCGCCGAUCUGCGAGCAGCCCCGCGAAGUUGGCCCAUGCACAGAUUUCGUGACACGCUUUCACUUCGACUUCCGGACACGGUCAUGUGUGCCAUUCGCGUUUGGCGGCUGUCAGCCUAAUCAAAAUAACUUCGCCUCUUUAGAAGACUGUCAGCGACAUUGUGCUUACCGCUAUACUGGCUUGGCUCCGCAGCCGCCGCCGCAGAGCGCUGCUCCUAUCCAUCCGAGCGAUUGUCUGCUUGCAAAGGACAGUGGCACCUGCUCAGGCCACACACGAAUGUACUACUACAAUAAGGCUGAUGGGGUUUGUCGCGAGUUCUCGUACACCGGUUGUGGGGGCAAUCGGAACCGGUUCAGAACGCGAUAUCAAUGCGAGGAAAGCUGCAAGAACUCACAGGAUGUAUGCCAGCUGCCGACCGUCAAAGGCCGCUGUGCAGGCAGGUAUAGUCUAUGGACCUAUGACACACAGAGGGACGUCUGCAAACAGUUCGACUACGGAGGCUGUGGAGGAAACGGUAAUCGUUUCGACUCGAAGGUCGAGUGCGAAUCCCGCUGCGUCCGCCGAGUGCUACACAUAAAUGGAACCUCAGCUGAUUUUCCCGAUAAGUGUCGAUUGCCGAGUGAUACCGGCAGCUGCAUCCAUCGUAUGGCCAAGUUUUACUUCGAUCUGCGACUUGGCAAAUGUCUUCCGUUUCAUUACGGGGGAUGCGGGGGCAAUGACAAUCGUUUUGAGACGCUCAAUGACUGCGAGAAAGAAUGCCUUAUUCCAGCUAUAGCUGCAGAUCUUGUUAACUCGAACCGGGAAAACUCAUUGGAUGAGUAUAGACACACCCCGCUGGUACCACAAAGCGUCCAUGAGCUAUGCAAUCUACCAUCAUCUCCCGGUAAACCGUGCUUAGACAACCCGGCAAAUAGCAUCACGUACCGAUACUUCUACGACACGCACUCACAACGCUGCCUGCAAUUCAUUUACUACGGGUGCGAUGGAAACAAGAAUAAUUUUAUUUCUUUUGAAAAAUGCAAGUCGGUUUGCGCUAACACGCGAGACAGUGAAGCUACGCGAGUUCAUCACCCUGUCGUUGAGACCCCUCGACGACCGCACGCUCCAUCAGCGGCGCCUCAUCAGCCAUCACCGGGGCAUCACGGAAGCCAAUGUCCCCCCGAUAACUGUGGUCGUGCAGCCAGCUGUCGUGGUAUGGGGGAGCGCCAAGAGGUCCUCCCCAACGGAUGCGUUCGGUGCCGUUGCAACCAUCCUUGUGAUGAUCUACAUUGUAAGCCCGACGAAAAAUGCGGUCCCGAACUUAACAUAGACGGAAAAUAUAUAGGUGUCUGCAAGCCGACCAACAAACCCGGUCAAUGUCCAAAGCUCCAAUGCGCUGAAGGAGGCAACCGAAGAGAUCAGUGCAGAGACGAUUCGGAAUGUCAGGGCGCUCAGAAGUGUUGCGACAAUGGAUGCAACAGGGUCUGCGUUGACGCUGAUGACAAGGACAUAGAUGAGGACAAAUCUGUUGAGGAGAUGAUCGCCAUCGAAGGUGAACCCGCUGUACUCAAAUGUCCAGUACAAGUAGAAGGUACCCCUCGUUGGACAAAGGAAGGUAAAGAUGUAGAAGGCGAACGAGUUGAUCAACAUGAGGAAAAGCUUACUAUCGAGAAUGUAACCAAAGAGGACGCCGGAUUCUACUUAUGUACAGAUCCCGAUGAACCAAAGACGAAAGGAAAAAUAGCGCUGAGAAUUGCCGCUCCUCCCCAGAUUAUCAAAGAUAAACCCGUUGUUGAGGCGCCAUUAAAUACAACAGCAAACCUGACAUGUCAAGUUGUCGGAGGUUAUCCGCGACCUAGUGUCACCUGGAAAAAAGGAGAGGUUCGUCUUCCUACACGAUCUAGCAAGUAUCGCCAACUGCCUGAAAACACUCUACAAGUGCGCAGCGUCCGGCCGGAUGAUCAGGAUCUAUACCUUUGCACGGCAAAGAAUGAGCGUGGCGAAGCCCGAUUCUUGGUUGCGCUUGUCAUUCCGGUUGCUGGAGACAGUAGGCACGAAGAUAUGGGCAAAAAAAUAGCCAAUCAGGCGAGAUCUGAAGCUGGACUUUCAUGAACACCGAUUCUAUCCACAGUCAAUAAGGACAACCGUAACCUACGUGUCCUUAUCUGUCGCCUAAACGUUUCACAAGAACUUUAUACCGGAAAGUCGAUUUUUCUACCUGCAGUGGAGAAACCAUAUAUAAUCAUUUUACCAGCUCGAUGCAGUGUUUCACAACGACUGGCAUGCAUUCAACAGCUGUCGAGUAAGUCUUCAACUGGUAUUGAUCGUAAUACGCUGGGUAUCCCAGCCAUCCCUCAUCUCCUUCACUUAGCACUUUUCAUAGCAAAUGACCCUUUAAUGGAAAUAAAUCAAAUGGCAUCUGAUAAAAAUUAGCUCUUAGAUGACUGCCAUUACAUACAAAUGUUGACUACCAUCAAACAUACAGAUGCGCAUUAAACAGUCAACAUUUACCAUUUACCGAUAGAUAAUACAGCAUACAAAUAGACACCUGUCAUGCAAAAGUAAGUCUUAUUAUAUAUAUAUAUAUAUAUGUGUGUAUAUAUAUAUAUACAGCGUGGAUCACACGGAAUGCUGCGUUGAAGAUGAUGGUGAUUUAUAAGCCUUUUAUUAGGACUUGAUAUGUUAAAAAUCGCUAUUAUUUCCAUUCUACUUAUGGAAGCAUAAGUAGAUGUUAUGUAAAGGAAAACAUUGUAUCAUGCUUGAAGACUCGCAUUAAAAAUGUAUUUUCAGAAGUAAAUCGCUAGCUGACAAAUAUGUCUCAUUGAACCUCCACGAGUAGGACCAGUUUUUCACAGGUAUCGUAAUUCUAUUUAUGGAAGCUCCGCUUUUUACUAUCCCGUCCGGCGAAAGCAUUUUAAACUGGGUAUUUGUUUUGGGUUAAAUUGGAACAAGGAAAGGGGGGUUUAUUGUUCGUUCAUGUCACCUUCGUAUCAAUAUGUGUACAUACGUUCUUAUAUUUAUCAAAUAAAACUAAAUUGUGAUUUGAA